ACUCUUCCUUAGUCCCGGAUUAUACGUCGUACAGUGAAGUACGUACAGCGAAAGCUCGUAUAACCAUUUAAAAGUUGAGUGAAUUUUUCCUCAAGCCUCCAAAACACGUGUUUCGCUGCAAGUGUAGAAAACAAACGAAUCAGAAUGCCGCUCGCCAAGGAUUUCCUGCACCCGCUUCCGGCCGAGGAGAAGCGCAAGCAUAAGCUGAAGCGCCUGGUGCCCCAUCCGAACUCGUACUUCAUGGACGUCAAGUGCCCCGGAUGCUACAAAAUCACGACCGUGUUCAGCCAUGCCCAGAGCGUCGUAGUUUGCACCGGUUGUUCGACGAUCCUGUGCCAGCCCACGGGUGGAAAGGCCCGGCUCACGGAGGGAUGCUCGUUCCGCAAGAAGCCCUACUAAAUUUAAGGUGCCGAAUGAUCUGGAAUCUGCCGCUAUUCCGACGAGACUGUUCGUCCUAGAGGAUAAGAGUUUGCUGCGCCCGUGCGAAGGAUUUUCAUCGUCGUCGCGGUUGAAUCCGACGUGUGAAGUGCAGUGAAAAAGGUGAUUUUUAAUGAAUAAUUUUGUUGGUUUAUAGCAUAUGUAAUCGGAAUCGCUGAAAUCGAAGGAAUAAAGGAAGAUUUUGGAAACGGAGGAGCCACAGAAA